UAGUUUUAAAUGACUUUAUUGUUCACCACGAAGUUUUCGAAGCACUUAUUCCACUCGUUUGCUGGCGGAUCCAAAACGGCAUUUUUGAAUGCGUCAAAUGUUCUUCUGGUGACUGGAACCUUUGUCCACGCAGUCUGCUUUUAAUUUUCGGGAAAGUAAAAAACUCGUUAGGACUUAGAUCGGGACUAUAUGGAGGAUGGUCCAAUAAUUCCACAUUUU